AUGGACGUCAAUACUGCUCUACAAGAGGUGCUGAAGACCGCCCUCAUCCACGAUGGCCUAGCACGUGGCAUCCGCGAAGCUGCCAAAGCCUUACACAAGCGCCAAGUCCGUCUCUGUGUUCUCGCAUCCCAUUGUGAUGAGCCUAGGGGUGUCAAGUUGGUGGAGGCCCUUUGUGCCGAGCACCACAUCAACCUGAUUAAGGUUGAUGACAACAAGAAGCUAGGGGAAUGGGUAGGCCUCUGUAAAACUGAUCAAGAAGGAAAGCCAUGGAAAAUGGUUGAUUGCAGUUGUGUAGUGGUUGAAGACUAUGGCAAAAAAUCUCGGGCCAAGGAUGUCAUCGAAGAGUACUUCAAGUGCAAGACAUGA